AUGGCUUCAGAUCCGAUCUUGCCCAAGCAGGGCGAACGCAAUAUCCUUGUGACUAGCGCAUUGCCCUAUGUGAACAAUGUUCCUCAUCUGGGUAACGUCGUUGGCUCCGUGCUGAGUGCCGAUGCCUUUGCGAGAUAUCACAAAGCCUGUGGACGGCCCACUCUGUUCAUUUGCGGAACGGACGAAUACGGCACAGCGACCGAGACCAAGGCGUUAGAGGAGAAGGUGACGCCAGAGGAGCUUUGCGCCAAGUACAAUAAGAUCCAUCAGGAAGUGUACAAGUGGUUUAACAUUGGCUUUGACCACUUCGGCCGCACUCCUACCGAGAAGCACACCGAGAUCUCUCAGGCCAUUUUCAAGCGCCUCUGGGAUAACGGUUUCCUUGGCGAGCGCACUGCCGAGCAGCCCUUCUGUGAGCAGCACGGCUCCUUCUUGGCUGAUCGUUACGUGGAGGGUGAAUGCCCCCGAUGCCACUACGACGAUGCGCGCGGUGAUCAGUGUGACAAGUGUGGUCACCUUCUUGACCCUUUUGAUCUUAUCAACCCCCGCUGUAAGCUCGACGGAGCUACCCCGGUUCGCCGUGAGACCAAGCACAUCCAUUUGCUGUUGGACAAGCUCCAGCCGGAGGUUGAGAAGUGGGCCAACGACAGUAUCGAGAAGGGCCAGUGGCCGAAGAACUCAAAAAUCAUCACCGAGUCUUGGUUGAAGGAGGGCUUGAAGGACCGCGGCAUCACCCGUGAUCUGAAAUGGGGUGUGCCAGUGCCUCUGGAGGGCUUCGACAACAAGGUGCUGUACGUCUGGUUUGAGGCUUGCAUUGGGUACCCUUCCAUCACCGCAAACUACACCAACGAAUGGGAGCAAUGGUGGCGCAACCCGGAAGAUGUGAAGCUGUACCAGUUCCUUGGCAAGGACAAUGUACCCUUCCACAGUGUUAUUUUCCCGGCUACUCAGAUCGGUACCCGGGACACCUGGACUAUGAACCACCACCUGAGUGCUACCGAAUACUUGAAUUACGAGGGUGGUAAGUUCAGUAAGUCGCGUGGCAUCGGUGUGUUCGGCACCAACGCCAAGGAGACCGGCGUGUCUGCCGAUGUGUGGAGAUAUUACCUGCUCAAGAACCGCCCUGAGACCGGUGAUACACAAUUUGAAUGGCGCGCAUUCGUUGACGCCAACAACAGCGAGCUUCUCGCCAAGCUGGGUAACCUUGUCAACCGUGUCAUCAAGCUUGUCACUGCUUCCUACGGCGGUGUGAUCCCCGAGUUUUCUGUGCCCGAGGACUUCAAGCCUUAUCUGGAGGAAAUCACUACCUUCACGCGCCAGUACGUCGAGGAGAUGGAGAGUGUCCACCUCCGUGCCGGUGUCCAGACCGCCAUGCGAAUCACCGAAGUUGGCAAUGGUCUCAUCCAGGCCAACCGUCUGGACAACUCUCUCAUCGCCAACGAUCCCGCUCGCGCUGCCGCUGUCGUUGGUACCGUUCUGAACUUGAUUCACCUGCUGUCCGCCGUAUUCACCCCGUACAUGCCCGCCACUACCGAGUCGAUGCUCAGACAGCUGAAUGCUCCCGUCCAGUUGAUCCCCACUCUGGAUGAGCUCAAGGACGGCUGGAAGCCUACCUCUCUCAAGGCCGGCCACAAGAUUGGCAAGGCUGAGUACCUGUUCACUCGCAUUGACCCCAAGAAGGCCGACGAGUGGCGCGAGCUGUUCGGUGGAUCCCAGGCCGAGCGGGCCAAAAAGGCCGAAGAGGCCGUCAAGGCUGCUGCUAAGAAGGCCGCUGCGAAGGCUAAGAAGCAGGCCAAGAAAGCCACUAAGGCUUCCGGCGUUGAGGCUACCGCUAAGGGCGGCGCUGAGAGCCCCAGCGUGAGCGAGGAGGGCAUUGAGAAGGUCACUGACGGUGUGGCCCAGGUCACUCUCCCUACCUCGUAA